AUGGAACCCCGCCAUCCUCCUCAUCAAGUUGCUCCUCCUCCAAUGCGCGGGCAUGUAAUGCCUCCACGAAUGGGUACAGUGGGUGGAGUUACACAAGUUCGCCUGCAAACUGCUCCGCCGAUGGUAUCGCAGUCACAUUCGGGCAUGAUGAACCACAUAGAACAUAGUAGACCAAUGCAAAUGCAAUACGUACCUCAACAAGGCAUGCAGCAGAUACAGGUUCAGGUCUGUCGCCAUUCGUCUAAUAUGGAAAAACAAAUGCGUGAAUGA